AACCAAUUGAUAAAUGAACACAAGUUAGGUUUCCUGUCUGCAAUUGAUUUUACUAUAUAUUUGUACGUAGGUCGAUCUUCUAUAUGUAUACCUCCCUCUAACCCCUUGUGAUUGUGAGUAUAUCACUUGCUAGAUUUCGGUAAUAAAUUCAAAUCAUCAGUACUACUAUUACUGCAGGGACGGCCAUGGCUGAUGCAAUGGGGUUUGAAGCUGAAGUCAAGUGCUCUGCCGAUAUGUUUUAUGGAUUUUUCAAGAACAAAAUAACCCAACUGGCGAAUCACUUCCCCGAAAUUUAUAAGAGCAUUCAAGUUAUCAAAGGAGAUGGACCUAGUGUUGGCAGUGCCUGGCUCUGGAAAAUGGAACUCGGUGGUCGUUUCAUUACAGAGAAGUCGGAGAUGAUAGCUGUGAACAGUGAAAAUAAGUCCAUUACUUGGAACUUUUUGGAUGGAGGAGACGUGAUGAAUCUUUACAGAAGCUUUCAGAUCAAACUGGUCUCAGUUACUCCGACUGGUCAGGGAUCCUGUUUGGUGAAAUGGUCUGUAAGUUUUGAGAAUGCUCUAGGAGAUCUCCCUAUUCCAACUGCUUUUAUCAAUUUGCUGCAUAUGAUUUCUAGAGAGUUGCCUUCUCGGAUACUCAAACAGGGUUAAACACCUCUCUAUGUACACAUGAAUGUAUCCACGACUAUUUGCAAUAAAAGCUGUGUAGAGAUACUACAUCUAAUUAACCAAAUAAUUUCAGUACAAA